AAAAAAGGUCCGUGCGCGGCAAAUUCAUACGUCAUCGAAGCAAGCAGCGAGCCGGGUGAAGCUGGAAAAAGGGUAAGCGGCCAUAUCGAAGAAAAUCCCUCGAAGAUUAGCGGUAGUGCUGUGCCUACCGGAAUAAAAGUGCAAGCGGUCAUAUCCUCGCCGCUGAUUCUCACAUACACAUCACUAUGGAACGGAAAGGGAAACGGGCCGUCCAAAGCCAAGAGAAUGGCCAAGGGCCAGCGAAGAAGUUGCGCAGAAAGCUGGAGCUGAAUCUGGCAAAACGGCCGACAGCAUCGGGCAACGUACUCGCCUGUGGACAAGGUGAGGUUGGGCAACUGGGACUGGGUGAGGACGUGAUGGAGAAAACCCGCCCGGCCAUCGUCGAUGGGCUGUCCGAUGUUGUCGACAUUUCGGCCGGCGGUAUGCACAACCUCUGCUUGACGGCCACCGGUAAGGUUUACUCAUUCGGUUGCAACGAUGAAGGAGCCCUGGGACGCGAUACAUCCGAAGAGGGCUCGGAGUUUGUACCGAAAGCGAUCGACCUGCCCGGACCGUGUGUGAAAAUUUCCGCCGGUGACUCACAUUCCGCCUGCCUGCUAGAAGAUGGCCGCGCCUUUGCGUGGGGCUCGUUCCGGGACUCGCAUGGAAACAUGGGCCUCACACUGGAAGGUAACAAGCGGUUGCCGAUCGAGGUGCUGCCCACACACCGAUGGGUGGACAUUGCGUCCGGAAGUGAUCAUCUCGUGCUGCUGUCGAAUACCGGAAACAUCUACACGGUGGGCUGUGCCGAGCAAGGACAGCUAGGUCGGAUUUCAAUUCGAGCAGCGUCCGGAGAGUCACGCCGUGGCAAAACACAGCUCCUACGGCCAGAUAUUGUGACGCUACGCGGAAAGGCCGUCGUAGCCGAUGCCAUCUGGGCCACCACGUACUGUACCUUCUUCCGGGAUCCACAGAAAGAGCACAUCUACGCGUUCGGACUGAACAACUACUGCCAGCUCGGUAUCAGUAAUCCUAGCGAGAAUGUCGUGAAGCCGGUCUUCGUUCCGGAGGUGACGAGCUUUAUUGAUGCGGAGCAAAUCGCCGGUGGUCAGCACCAUACGAUCGUUCUGAAGGAUGACGGCAAAGUGUACGUGAUAGGGCGCAAGGAGUACGGCCGCUUGGGAUUGGGUGAGGUGUCGGAAGAUGCGAAAAUUCUAACGCUUGUGGAGAAGCUCGCUGAACGUAAGGUGAUCGGAAUAAGCUGUGGUGAAAGCACAUCUUUUGCAGUAACGAAUGCCGGUGAAGUGUACGCUUGGGGCAUGGGCUCCAACCAGCAGCUUGGCACCGGCAGCGAAGAAGACGAAAUUAGCCCUGUACUGAUCGCCAGUAAGCAAGUACAGAACAAGGUGGUGCUCAAGGUAUCGAGCGGUGGACAACAUAGUAUUUUCUUAGUACAGGAAACACCGACCAAGCCCGUAAAGGAACCAACAAAAGCCGGAAAGACAAAUGGGACGACAUCGGCGGCGAAUGAGGAGGCAUCAGCGAGUUCCACCACUACCACAUCCAGUAAAAACCAGAAAGCGAAGACAACAGCGAAAGCAACAGCCGGAACUGGUCGAAAGCGUUAAAUCUAGUGAACCACGCGGCAGUGCUUCGACUUCUUAACAACUUCAUCCCAGCAACGGCGCAGCAGUGGUAGAGAAAACUGAAGGACGGUUACUAAGACUACAAUUUGUUUAGUUAGAGGUGUUGUUAGAAUAAUAGACUACGGCCAGAGGAGAGACAACAACGUAGUAGCGCCAUGUUAUUUAUCACGUAUCACCGUUGUUUGUUUUUUAACUGUGCACCAUCUACGAGUGGUCGUGUGGACAGCGAUAGUACUAGCUAGUACUAGUAAGAAAGGAUAAGUUACGACAUGAAAGGUAGACUCAGUUUUUUCUUACAUUUCCGAUCUACUGGUGUACGUUAAAUCAAAUGUAUUUCCUUGACGUCUUUCUGUUUUCUGUUUCUGUUCGGCGCUUAUGCUGAAGCAAAAGUUCAUUCGUUAGUUCUACUGUUUGAAAAUGUUUCCCGUAUCUUACGUGGCAAAGCGGAAAAAACAUAACUUCGUAUUUACAACAUUCAAUCAUCGUUGCCAUCAACAAAUAUUGUCUUUUUUUUUUGCUGCACGCGACUGGAAGGCGUAGCUGCUAGGGCUUAGGUUAUACGUUGGAAUGUAAAUUAUUCGUUUUCCAUAUGGGACCUGCACGCUCGCGUUAGAGGAACUGAUGUGGAUCGACUGAAGAAAAAAUGGAACUUAAUAAAACUAAGUGAACAAUUUUGAUAAAAAUUUGGCGUUUU